UAAAGUCUCUCUCUCUCUCUCUCUCUUCCCCUCUGUUCGUGUUUUUCCUGGCCGCCCUCCUCGUCAGGACAGUCAGCGGCAGCAGAAGGACGAACAGUUCGCCUCAGACAUGAUCAGGGUCACGAUGGGCUCGUCCUGGGCUCUGGUCUGCGCCACCGCUCUGCACUUCGUUCUGCUCAGCGCCGCAGUUGGAGAAAUUGCAAUUGAGCAGCGCGAGAUCUCCCUUGACAUUGACCAUGAAGGGAUGUUGCAGAAAGAGGUUGACUGGAGAGAGCUCUUUGACCUCGGGGAUCCCGACUUUGAAGGGCAGAGAAUUGUCGAUCCACCACUACCAGGCGGUUUCAUUCAAGGAGGCUUGAACCCAAGAGGACAUCCACCAAGCUUUUGGCCCCGUUCUCAUCGCGGCCCUCCCGCGCUGGACUACCCGGUUGAGUUUCCCCUUGGCCGACCAACAUCCGACAAUCUCCAAGCCAUCUGUAACAAUGGAGAACACCGUCCCCGCUACCCAGACUCUUACUUCCCUAGCUCUGGCUUUGGGAAACAGGUGCGAAUGGCCAAUGCCGUCAAUCACGCAGAGUCCUGGUUUAGCACAUGUUGCCAAGGGAACCAGACGUGGGAGCAAGACGUGACACUGUGUUGCGCCACACAGGCAUGGGCGCAGUCAGUCAAGCUGUUCUGUGAGGAGGACUCAUCGGUAAAGAAUCGCGUGUAUCACUGCUGUCAUCUGAGGGGCACUAAAAGAGAAAACUGCUUCCACGAGGAUGCAAAAAACAAAGACUACGCGGCGACAGAGGAGCUCCCAGUGUCACCAGUUCCCACUAAGGUCAACUUCAACUUUGACCCCAACUCUUGUCAGAGGACAGUGAUGACUCAACGUACUGUCACCUUUUACGGAGCAAAGAAGAGGAAGACGCCAUCUACACCUCAGAAAGCACACGUCGACUUUCCUCCUGGACGGCCGACCGCAGAUAACAUUGAAUCCGUGUGUCAGAACCAGAAGCUUCGCCCUCUCUUCAAUGUCAAGUGCCUGUCAGGUGCAAGAUAUAAAGCCGUGGCACUUCAGGCCAAGACCAUUAAUCGUAUAGAGAAGGGGUUCAAAAAGUGCUGCAAAAAGAAGAAGGACGUUCUCAACUGUGCUGACAAGAAGUGGAGUGAGGAGCUGAACAAGUUCUGCAUGGUUAAAACAGGCGAACAACAGACGUGUUGCACGGAUGAUCGGUACAACUGCUUUCAGUUAAUGUCUCCAGACCCAUUUUAUAAUAAGACUUCUGCUGAUGAAGAGCACUCGCUUGGCAAUGUAUGUGACACUCACCAGAUCAUCAAGAAGAGAUUCCCCGUUGGUUUUCCUCUGAAAACCUUUGUGAGCCAAUGCUGCCCCCUGCCUGAACAAAACAGAAACAGUUGUUCUGCAGAACAGGUUGAGAAAUUGUCAGUAGACCUGUGCGUGUCAGGGAGGGCCUCUUCUCCACCUGUCAGCGACUGCUGCGACAUGCCUUCACAAGAGAUUCCCCAGUGUAUCUCCAAAAUUCUCAUGGACGCCAUCGCCAAAGCAAGCAAUGCGUCACUCCAGAAGAAAAAGAAGAGGUGCCCUCUCUCUUAAGCCCUUACAGUAUGACAGCAGACAGGGAUUUCAGUAACUGAACAGUAAAUGUAGCACAGAAGCUUCAUCUUCUGCCGGUGUUAUUUACAGGUAUCUGAGAUCUUACAAGAAGAAUCGCUGAAAUGUCUAAUUAAACAAAUAUAUUGUUAAAUGCAUCGUUUUUAUGCAUCGUUUCGGACUCUUGUCUGUGUCACUGCACCACUCUUUCUUUAUUGGCUGCUCUUCGCAUAUUCGAUUAUGAAUGUAUUUCGUUGAUUCCGUUGGAGCUUCAAGAUCAGUUUUCUUAUUUUUAUAUGGUUUUAUAGUUUUACAAAGAUCAUAUUUGCCAGCAUUCUAAUAAAAAAUUAUUUCAAAUCUGUAUGUGCAAUUUUCUGUGCGACACGUUGCAUGCAACCUCUACUGAUACAGUGAGCUCACUUUAAAAUGUACACUUUUUAAACUUGAUGUAACCAAGCGCCCAAUAUUGCCAUACAGUGCUCUGCACAUAUGUUAACAGGGCAGUGAAUCUAAAUUACGACAUUCACAAAAUACACAAUAUAUGCAUGUAAAAAUCAUGAAAUAAAAAUAAAAUCCAGCCUCCA